UCGCUCUCGGUACAGUAUAUCUGUUACACAGCGGUGGGAGCAAACUUUUGGACCGGUCCACUCACUGUGACCGGGGGGGGGGAACAGAAGUUAAACUUUUAAACAAACGACAAAAACAAACCGUAACACGUUAAACUAAGUGGCGGUUGACGUUAGCUUAGUAGCUAAAUCCUGAUGUAAGCGACACCAUUUCACGUCUCCAGGACAUUAAACAACUGACGGACAUCCGGGUUUUCUCCACCCCCCCUUUAUCCCAAAGAUAAUGGACAUUCCAAAAGUGAUUUGGCUCCGGGAACAGUCGAGUGGCGACUGACAACAUCGCAGGGGGUAACUUUAACUUCACUCCUGACCGGGCGGCGGAAAGACAAUUUACUCUCCAGCAACACAUGACUUUGUAGAAGAAGAAAAAAAAAACACAGCCCACGUUUCCUCGCGGUUUUCUUCCUCCUGAAGACAUGUCCAUUCUGUAUUUUCCAAUUUGUUGUGAGGCAACGCAGGAACGCGGCAGGUUGUAACAGGCGUCUGCUCUUCGGGAAUGCUUCCUCAGUCAACCAGCCAAGAGCAGAGAGAGACGGUCCUUUCUGUCCAGCCACAAUUGAAGACAUGUUGUGCUGGACUCUGUGUGACUGGAAAGUUCUGCUGCUGAUUGUUCUUCUGACGGACCGCCUCUGCGCUUUGGAACUGAAACCCACGCAACGGCCACUGUAUUCUCAAAAGCCCUUGCUCCUCGUUUGGAAUGCUCCGACGGAGGACUGUGGCCCGAGGCAUAACGUGCGUUUUCAGCUGGAGCAGUUCCACAUCGUGGCCUCGCCCAAUGAGGCUUUCGUUAAGCAGAACCUCACCAUCUUCUAUAAAGACCGACUGGGUUUGUACCCUUACUUCGAGUCGGACGAAACGCCGGUGAAUGGCGGGCUGCCGCAGGUGGCCAGCCUUACGCAGCACCUGGAGAGAAUGCCAGAGAUGGUGAACAGGUAUAUACGUGACCCCAAGGCCAAGGGGCUGGCAGUGAUCGACUGGGAGGAAUGGCGCCCACUCUGGAUACGGAACUGGGCAACCAAAGAUAUUUACCGCCGAUAUUCUCGCGAGCUGGUGCGCCAGAAAAACCCAAAAUGGUCGACAGAGCAGGUGGGAAAGGUAGCCCAGCAGGAGUUUGAAAUCUCUGCAAGGAACUUCAUGCUGGAGACGCUGAAGCAAGCCAAGAACCUGAGGCCCAACCAGCUGUGGGGGUUCUACCUUUUCCCCGACUGUUACAACCACGACUACUUGCGCACGUUGGAGAACUACACCGGCCGUUGCCCCGACGUGGAGGUGGCUCGCAACGAGCAGCUGAAAUGGUUGUGGAUGGAGAGCACGGCUCUCUUCCCCUCCAUCUACAUGGGCACCGUGCUGCGCUCUUCACCGUCUGGUCGUCAGUUCGUUCGGAACCGAGUGAAGGAGGGAAUGCGCUUGGCGUCAUCGGGCGAUGGGUUGGCGCGUCCUGUCUACGUGUACACCCGACCCACCUACUCUGGUUCUCUGGAGCAGCUGACAGAGUACGACCUCGUCUCCACCAUCGGGGAGAGCGUGGCUUUGGGAGCCGCCGGAAUCAUCCUGUGGGGAGACGCAGCUUAUGCCAGCAGCCCAACCAGCUGUUUGGACCUUGACAAGUAUCUGCGUGGUCCACUGAGUCAAUACCUCGUCAACGUUUCCACAGCAGCAGAGCUGUGCAGCCAGGCCUUGUGUGGUUCCCACGGCCGCUGCCUGCGCAGAAACCCAGACAGUGAUGUUUACUUGCACCUGAACCCCCUGACCCACGGUAUCAUCAGGCAGAAUGGCAGACCCACCGUGACCGGUGAGCUCAGCGAGGCAGACGUGAAGAUGUUCCAGCGGGACUUUCAGUGCCAGUGCUACAGCGGCUUCCAGGGCUGCAACCAGACCGACCCCCUGCACCAGAAAGGGAACGCGGCCCAAACCACGGCCUCGGCCGCUCACUGUGUUUUCUUACUGAUCGUUUUUCUGCUCUUUAGUUAAGGCCACACACUGGUCAUUGUUCAGUAGUUGACAGGUUGGUGUUUUAAAGUACUGUUUCAUAUGGAUGAUACAAAGUGAAAAAACACUGUGGAAAAUUCAAAGGUUAUGUUUGAUUAUUACUUUUAAACCUUUUGUAAAGAUGUUUGUUUACAUUUUCUCCUGUUUUUUUCUGAGUUUCUAAGGUGUCAAAUUGCAUUCUUCUCCCAGAGAGAGCGUGGAGAACAUAUUUACAGACACGGGUCGACGGUUGCUGUGCAGUGGACUCGAUGCAGCUCAAACUGCUGAAAGCACAGUUUAAAGUGCCUGACCUUUUUUUUUUCUUAUGACCUCAUUUAUAACUAGUGUGUGAAGGCAGUUAGCGCUGGGGCUAUUUAUUUGAAUGUAAUGUUAGAUGCCUUUUUAGCGACAUUUUUAUGUCCAAAUCAUGACUACUGAGUUUUUUUUCUAAGGCUCUACUUUAGUCCACUAAUGCUGGAAAAAACACUCGGCCACCGUUGUUCUCCUGAGACACAGUCGACGCCGGAUCUUUGAGGCAACGUUGCUGAAUCUUUUUAACCUCUGUUUUUUCUUCUUAAAAUAAAAAGUAAAUAAAGGUCUUUAUGAAA